AUAAUCAGUGCUUUUUUCUGGGGGUACGCAGGGGUACGCAUACCCCUAAACAUUUUGUGAAUCUAAGUUCGGCCUUAUUGAUGGGAAGCAUUUCAAUAUGAGUCAGAAAAUGAGAGUACCCCUAAACAGUUUUUUUAAGAAAAAAAGCACUGAUACUACUACUAAUCUAUUUAUAGCCCGCCCAUCUGGCUGGGUUUCCCCAGCCACUCUGGGUGGCUCCCAACAGAAUUAAAGGCACAAUAAAACAUAAAACAUUAAAAACUUCUCUAAACAGCAUCAGGCUUGGUAGCAUAGCUGCCAAGUUCUCCCUUUUUUACAGGGAUUUUCCCUUAUGCUGAAUAGGCUUCCUCGCAAGAAAAGGGAAAACUUGGCAGCUAUGCUUGGUAGUGGGACCCCUAGAUGCUAAUAAUAAUAGUAAUAAUAAUGUUGCUAUUUGUAUCCCCACCUAUCUGACUGUGUUCAUUUUUAGUUAUUUAUUGAAUUUAUGUACCUCCCUAUACCUGGAGGUUUCAGGGUGGUUCACAGAAAAGAUCAACAUAAAAACCACAAUCUAUAAGAUCAAAAUAAAAACAACCCAGUAACACCCCCCCAAAAAAGAGCCACAUUUUAAAAGGGCAUCAGGUGUGGUUUGCCACAGCCACGCUAUCCAGGCAGGUUCCAGCAGAUAUAAAAACAUAAUAAAAGGGCUGAAAUUUCCAAAGGAAGCCACCCAGACCCCAAAAUAGUUGCCUCCGGCCCUUUUGUGCACAUUUCCUCUUAGGGGGGCAAGAAGGAAGUGGGUUCGUCCCUGUAGUAGACCCCCCCCCUGCCCCAUUCAAUCAAAUGCCUUCCCUUUGGAGGCCUGUCUGUCACCACGCUAGUCGCAGAAUCAUAGAGUUGGAAGGGACCACAUGGGGCCAUCUAGUCCAACCCCCUGCGAUGCAGAACCUUGCUUGCAAAAUGAAAUCUGCUAUAAAUGCAGUAGUAUCAUUUAUGCAAUUUUAGUAAUGUGUGUGAUGGAUUGUAAAUCGUUUCAGUACUUUCUUGGUGGGAAACGAUGUGGAAAACCUAAUAAUUUAAACGGGGGCUUUUGGCAGCAGUGCCUGGAUCCAAAUCCUGGACAAACUGAGGAAAACAAAACAUCUUACAAUUUAUUGGAUUCUUCUUCUGCUGAAAUACAGGCUGAGCUUCCUUCGUAUAGAACUUGGUGAAUUGUGUAAUUAACAGUCUCAUUAACUCCAGAUCCCAUUGACCUGACAGCAGCCGUUCUACCAGACUCCUCCAAUUCAUUUCCCUCUUGUGCCAUGUCUUUUAGAUUGCAAAGGCCUAUUGCUCUUAGUGCCGCUCUGAUCCUGCCAAAGCCCGAUGGCGGAGGAGAUGGCCGAUGGAGACGGCAGCCUGGAGCUGGAUCAGGAGAAAUACGACGCGGAUGAGAACGUGAAGAUUAUCUGCCUUGGGGACAGUGCAGUGGGGAAGUCCAAGUUAAUGGAACGCUUUCUCCUGGAUGGGUUCAAGCCGCACCAGCUCUCCACCUUUGCCCUGACGCUCUACAAGCAUACAGCCACCGUGGAUGGCAAGACGAUCCUCGUGGACUUCUGGGACACGGCUGGGCAGGAACGCUUUCAGAGCAUGCAUGCUUCCUACUACUACAAGGCUCACGCCUGCAUCAUGGUCUUUGACGUCCAGAGAAAGGUCACCUACAAGAACCUCAGCAGUUGGUACAAGGAGCUGCGGGAAUUCCGCCCCCAGAUCCCUUGCAUUGUGGUUGCCAACAAAAUUGACGCUGACAUGAAGGUGACUCAGAAAGGCUUCAGCUUCCCGCGGAAGUUCAACCUACCCUUCUAUUUUGUGUCUGCUGCAGAUGGCACCAAUGUGGUGAAGGUCUUCAACGAUGCCAUCAAGCUGGCUGUGGCCUACAAACAGAAUUCAGAAGACUUUAUGGAUGAAGUCUUGAAGGAACUGGAGAAUUUCGAACUGGAGAAGAAGGGGGAGGACUCGACUGACAAAGAGGAGAACAGCCCAGAAGAAAACCCCCCGUCAACCUGAGGCCAGGGAAUGGGGUGGCCUAGUUCCGCUUCCUCGAGUAGCUAGAGGCGCCCAAUUUGGCAGGGACUUGGGGGUGGGGAGCAGUGGUCCCUGCACAGAGGUGCCAGCCCUCCCUCCAUAAGGGAGGCUACCUGACGGAGAUCAGCUCUGCUCCUCUGGAUCCUUGCGGUGUGGGUGACCAGGCAGAGAACCCGUAGCAGUUCCCUCCCCUUAAGAAUGCUGGGAAGGUGCGGGGGGGAUAUAUGGUUUGGUGGGAGUUGGGAUCACGGGUCCCCCCACCCCACAUUUUGGGGAUCUUCACCCAUGAGCUAUUGUGGAUGGCGUCUGCCUUCAGAAAUAAAUAUUUGAAGGACUUGCGGCAGAGUUUGGAGACCUUUUAUUGCAGGGACGUCCAACUUCUAAGAGACAGCGAUCUACUCAAAUGAUUAAAAUCUGGCAGUGAUCUACCCCUGGGGGGGGUCAGGUCAAAGUUGUUGAGAUUUUUUUAGGGAGGAACAUCCCUUUUGGGGUGGGGGGUUCAAAGGCGCUAAGGAGACAGCCUCGCUUCCGUUCUAGCGAUCUACAGGACGGGGAGGGGCCGGAUGAAGGAGCCAGCAAUCUACCAAAACCUCCAGGGGAUUGACCAGUCGAUCCAGAUCAAGCUGUUGGACACCCCUGUUUUCUUGCGUUCCCCCCCAAAAAGCGAAGGAAGUCAGGUUGGCGUAAGCGAGAAGAGCCCCGCGGCUGGAUCAGAUCUCAGGAGGCAGGGGUGGCCACUAGCCUACACUAGCAGCCAAAACUGGGGGAACCUUUUGGAAAAAGUGUAUUUCCACAGUUUGAUGGCUCAUAACACCACUUUCUUUCGUAGUAAUACCAUAAAAUUAUUUAUCAAUGGAAAGAUAAUUUAAUGAAGAAUGUAAUGUUCAAUUAUCUGUAUUCUAUCAAAUGUUAUAUCCAAAUAACCAGAAAAAGGAAGCACAACUUGCUUAGGUUCAUCCUCGGUUCCCUAAAUUCAUCCUACCCUGACCCAUAAAAGAUCAUUAUUCAGAACAGCUGUUUGCAUGAUCCCCUCAGAAAGAUAGCCUGAUAGAUUUUAGCAAAGAAUAUUGCUAAAUGAGAAAUAUUUUCACGCAUUCUUACGGAAACGUAAGGGCAAAGGAAAUUUAUAGCAUAAAAUAGGUGUAUAUAAAUAUUUACCCAAAAUGGGGGCAGGUGGAGACCCCAAAACCUUCACAUACACAGGAAAAGAAUUAUAAGAAAAUCAAUCGCUGUUAUCAAUACAGUCGUACCUUGGAAGUCAAACAAACUAGUUCUCAAGCGUUUUGGCUUCUGAACGAUCGAAACCCGGAAGUGAGUGUUCCGGUUUUUUAAUGUUCUUCUGGAAGCCAAACGUCCAACAGAGCUUCUGAUUGGCUGCAGGAGCUUCCUGCAGCCAAUCAGAAGCCACACUUUGGUUUUUUAAUGUUGUGUACAUUUCCGGGCACAAUUCAAAUUGUUGGUGCUGACCUUUAAAGUCCUAAAUGGCCUCAGUCCAGUAUACCUGAAGGAGCUUCUCCACCCCCAUCAUUCCGCCUGGACACUGAGGUCCAGCGCCGAGGGCCUUCUGGUGGUUCCCUCGCUCCAAGAAGCCAAGUUACAGGGAAGCAGGCAAAGGGCCUUCUCGGUAGUGGCACCCGCCUUGUGGAACGCCCUCCCACCAGAUGUCAAAAAGAAAAAUAACUACCAGACUUUUAGAAGACAUCUGAAGGCAGCCCUGUUUAGGGAAGCUUUUAAUGUUUGACGGACUAUUGUAUUUUAAUAUUUU